AUGCAAUGGUUCUGCUAUGAACAAGUUAGCAUUACCAAUCCUUUCAGAGUCGGAUGCGAAGAGAUUAUGGAGAGUAUGACUUUUUUCAUGUCAUCAACAUCAAGAGACACAUCAUUGUCAACUGCUCGAUCUCCUUCAACCUUCAAGAAACUACAUGACCCAAUGGUCGACCAAGCUGCAACGACUCUCCAUAACCUGGCCCAAACUUUACAAAAAGAAUCUAUCUUUUUCCGGAGUCUGGGUAUGGAACAAACUAGCAGCGAAUAUGAUGCACACGCUAGUUCUAUAGUUCAGGGACUACAUAGUAGAGGCUUCAAACGACCCACACUUCCCACUGAUCUUCCAUCAGGUUACGACCACACUUCCAUGAUGGAAGACCAGGGUAGAGUAUUGACAUUUCUCUGUGAAUACCUUCCCGGAGCAUCAAAUUUGGGAGUGGUUCAGGACCAACUGGGACCAGUUAUAAAAGGAUUAGAAUUCCAACCAGUGAACAUCCCCUAG